GGGUACGACAGUCAAUGGAUUCAGUAAAUGCAGUACAACCAUUAAGUACUUUUGGGAAAUAUUAAAUAGCUGCUUUAAUACAAUCCGAAAUGGGUAAACCAGCUAAGAAGAAGAGCAUCGCAGAUAAGGUUCGCAAAACCAAAACUUACACAGAGAUCAAGAACAAUCCUUUUGAGGUAAAAAUCAACAGGAAAAAAUUCGACAUCCUUGGUAGGAAAGGCAAACAUGACGUCGGUCUCCCUGGUGUGUCAAGAACAAAAGCUAUUAAUAAGCGGAAAGACACUCUUCUGAAGGAGUAUAAGCUUAAAGACAAGGCCAACAAGUUUAUAGACAGACGGUUUGGUGAAUAUGACACCAAGAUGGCACCAGAGGACAAAAUUCUCCAGAGAUUUGCUCUGGAGAGACAGCGCACUCAUGAGAAAAAGGACAUCUUUAACCUGAAUGAGGAUGAGGAGUUGACUCAUUAUGGCCAGUCACUGGCUGAGAUGGAGAAAUUCACUGACAUGGUGGACAGUGACAGUGACACUGAAGAGAAAGGCCUGCUCUCCGCGGAACUCACCGCAUCACACUUUGGCGGCGGCGGGGGGCUCCUGAGGAAGAAGAGUGCAGGAGAGAAAGAUGAAGAGGGAAGUCAGAGACCUAAAUCACGGCAGGAGCUCAUCGAAGAACUCAUCAUCAAAUCCAAACAAGAAAAGAGAGAGCGACAAACCCAAAAGGAGGAAGCCCAGGAGCUGACAGAGAAACUGGAUCAGGAGUGGAAGUCCAUCCAAAGCCUCCUGGCCCACAAAACACCAAAAGCACAGCGCCAAGAGGAGGAGAAACCCAAGCUGGAGGAGUAUGAUAAAAUGGUGAGGGAGCUGGGAUUUGAGAUGAAAGCUCAGCCAUCAGAGAAGCUGAAGACGCCCGAGGAGCUGGCCAGAGAGGAGAGAGAACGUCUACAGAAACUGGAGGCAGAUCGACUGCGCAGGAUGCAGGGGGACGUGAAGGAAAGCGUUGCUAAGAAACGUGUGCACUUUUCUGCCGACGACUUGAAUGAUGGUUUCAUCCUGGACAGUGAUGACCGCAAAACACUUACUUACCAGGAUGGAAAGUGGAACGUUGAAGAAGGAGAGGAAGAGGAAGAAGAAGAGGACGAUGAGGAAAAUGAUGAAGGUCAGGAAGAGGUAGAGGGUGAGGAGGAGGAGGAAGAAGAAGAAGGUGACGACGAUGAUGACGAUGAUGCUGAUGAUGGCAGUGAAGAGGAAGAUGCCCACUCUGACCUGGACUCUGAGCAGGGGAGUGAGGAAGAAGUGGAUGAGGAAGAGGAGAAAGAGGAAGAGGUCCCAGUUAAAGAACUGAGCACCCUUAGUGAGGAGGAGAGGAAGGCUGUCCAGGAGGCAGCCAGAGCAGAACUGCCCUAUACAUUUAAAGCUCCAGAGAGUUACAGUGAACUGAAGGCCUUGCUAAAAGGCCACUCGGCUGAGAAACAGUGCCUUAUAUUGGAGAGAACUCAGAAGUGCAACCACCCCAGUCUGGCAGCAGGAAACAAAGCUAAACUACAGAGGUUCUUUGGUUUCCUCUUGGAAUAUGUGGGAGAGCUGGCAACUCAGAGCCCCCCAGACCUUGCUACAGUAAACAAGCUCAUUCCGCAGAUAUACGGCUUGUGUCAGCUUUUUCCUGAUGCUGCCGCUAAGGUGAUGCAGACGUUGCUUAGCGACAGCACGCACAGCAUGGAGGAGACUUUGGAGGUCAAGGGUCGUUUGGCGUUCCCGGGACUGGACAUGCUUGUUUAUCUGAAGAUUAUAGCCCUCCUGUUCCCCACCUCCGAUUUUCGGCAUCCAGUCACAACUCCUGCAUUUCUUUAUAUCAGUCAGGCUCUUACCAAGUGUCCAGUAAACACCCUGGAAGAUGUGGCCACUGGGCUGGUAUUGUGCUGCUUGGCAGUGGAGUUUGUCUCUCUUUCUCAGAGAUUCAUUCCUGAGCUCAUCAACUUUCUCCUGGGCAUCCUCCACAUGGCAGUGCCUGACAAAACCUUAGCCGGUUACAUAGUGGUACCACCAUUCAGGUUGGCGGGGAAGAGCAGUGAUCUGCUUGUUUUGAACGACCCUGGAGCUUCAGAGAGUUGGACUAGAAGACCACUGCCGCUGUCUGCCACUCAGAAUAUCAAAUUCCAGAGCCCACUAGAGAAAGACCAUUACAGCUUGUCUGCUUUGGACACCUGUUUGGACCUGCUGAAAAGAUGCACCUCCCUUUACAAAAACCUCACUUCAUUCAGCCAAAUCUUUCAGCCAAUCAGAACCCUGCUUGAAAAGCAUCUUCCUAUGAAAAACUAUCCCACAGCCAUACAAGAUCUCCAUAAAGAAAUCCUGGAGGCCAUUCCAACAUCUCCUUCCCAACAUGCUCCACUGGUGUUUGAGAAGAAAAAGCCUGUCCCGCUAAAACUGCUUACACCUAAAAUAGUGCAAGUGCUGGACUAUGGGAAGAAGCGAGGAAACACAAAAGAGGAGAGAGAGCAAGAGAGGCUCAAACACAAGUAUAAAAAGGAGUUUAAGGGAGCACUGAGAGAGCUUCGUAAGGACACACGGUUCCUGGCACAGGAGAAACUUGCCGAAGUUAUGAGCAGGGAUGCGGACAGGAAGAGGAAGGUGAAGCAGCUCUAUGCCAGCUUGGCGACACAAGAAGGGGAAUGGAAAGCCCUGAAGAAAAGGAAGAGGAAGUGAUGGAGGAGUGCCCAAGGUCGACACUUUUUUUCCUCUCAACAUGACCUACCAAGGAGAUCUGCUCAAGAAAGUGACCAGUGCACCGGGGCGCUAGCACCAAGAAGAAUUCUAAUGCGCGAGCGUACUGUUGGCUCCCUUGUAGGAUUGGUGACGUCUCUGUCCUUUUAUUUUAUUCUCUCAGCUUCUCAGAUCACGUGUGCUAAUCCUGUCACCGACCAACCUCUGGGUUCCCUCUGGACACUUGUGCUACUUGUGCUCUUUUUCAGCCCUGGAGACAUAGAGCUGAGAUUAGCUUCUUAAAAAUAUCCCUUUGUCUUUUUUUCAUGUGAAGGCUUUUGUAAAUGACAGUCUGUAAAAUAUACUAUGACAGACAA